AUGGCGACUGGUUUUGUUGGCACCGCUGACCUGGCCCUUAUUGAGGCUCCGGUUACUUGGCGCGCGUAUCUGAUCUGUGGCUUUGCCAGCUUUGGUGGAAUCCUUUAUGGUUAUGACUCUGGUUACAUCUCCGGUGUCCUGGGCAUGGACUAUGUCAAGGAACACCUUGGUGAAGCCGUCCCCAAGGAUAAAGACAACCCCACCGGUUUCGUUAUCCCAACCUCUCGCAAGUCUUUGAUCACUUCUAUUCUUUCUGCUGGUACUUUCUUGGGCGCCCUGGCUGGUGGCUUCCUCGCCGAAUGGAUUGGUCGUCGUCUGUCCAUCCUCCUCGCUUGUCUGAUCUUCUCCGUCGGUGUUGCCAUCCAGGUUGGAACCACCAGCGUUGGUGGACUGGUUGCCGGCCGUCUCGUCGCUGGACUGGGUGUCGGUUGCGUUUCCUCUGUCGUAAUUUUGUACGUCUCCGAGAUUAGCCCUCGCCGUGUUCGGGGUCUUCUGGUUUCCGCCUACCAGUGGGCUAUUACUAUUGGACUUUUGGUGGCUUCUAUUGUCGAUCAAGGUUGUAAGGACCGACCCGACAACUCUUCUUAUCGCAUUCCUAUCGGUCUACAAUUCAUCUGGGCGUCUAUCCUCGCAGCUGGUCUUUUCUGUCUGCCUGAGUCCCCUCGCUACUACGUCCGCUGUGAUCGGAUGGAUGACGCCCUGCGUGCUCUCGAGCGAGUUCGUGGCCAGCCUGGAUCCAACCCAGCUAUCCAAGCCGAGUUGGCGGAGAUUAAGGCCAACUACGACUAUGAGAUGCGUAUUGCAAGCACUUCUUGGGCUGAUUGCUUCAAGGGGGGUCUUCACCCUCGUGGUAAUUUCCGUCGCGUCCUUGCCGGUGUCGCUUUGCAGAUGUUCCAGCAAUGGACUGGUAUCAAUUUCAUUUUCUAUUAUGGAACCACCUUCUUUCAGCAGAUUGGCAUGAGCAAUGCCUUCCUGAUUUCGGUCAUCACCAAUGUGGUCAACGUCGUGACCACUCCCGCCUCAUUCUACAUGAUCGAGAAGUUUGGACGACGCAGCCUACUCAUCUGGGGUGCGGUUAUCAUGUGCAUCUGCGAGUUCAUUGUUGCCAUCGUUGGUGUUGCUCUCCCCCCAGAGGCGCGCGCAGCCAACAUGUGUCUCAUUGUUUUCGUCUGCUUCUACAUCGCCGCCUUCGCAACAACCUGGGGUCCCGGCGCCUGGGUCGUCAUCGGAGAGAUCUACCCUCUUCCGAUUCGAGCUAAGGGGGUCGCCCUCGCCACAGCCUCAAACUGGCUAUGGAACUGUGUCAUCGCUGUUAUCACACCAUACCUGGUCGACAAAGAUUAUGGAAACUUGAAGUCGAAGGUCUUCUUCGUCUGGGGCAGUGCUCUUUUCCUCUGUCUUCUGUUCGCCUACUUCGUCAUCCCUGAGACCAAGGGUCUUACCCUUGAGCAGGUUGAUAAGAUGCUGGAGGAGACUACACCUAGGACUAGUGCCAAGUGGAUCCCUCAUAACACCUUCGCUCAUGAGAUGGGCUUCGCACAGAUCGGCGGCCCCGGCGUUGAGGAUUCCAAGUCGACUGUCCUAAUGGAGCACACCGAUGAGCCUCACACCGCUCUUCGCACUUCUUCUUAUGGCCGUCCUGCCAACGCGGUCUAG